AUGGCAUCUUCAAUACUCCGUAUAACUUUAUCAAUACCACAUGGUGAUGUCACUGGUAUAUCAUAUGGUGGGGUCCAAAAUCUACUAUCCACCCACAAUUUAGAAACCAAUAGAGGGUAUUGGGAUAUUAUUUGGAAUAACACUGGACCUCGUACAACUAGAGCAAAGCUUUCAGGAACAAGUUUUGAGGUGAUAAUUAAUAAUGAAAAUCAGACAGAAAUUUCAUUUAAAAAAACAUGGAAUGCUUCUCAAUCAAAUGAACCUCCCUUGAACAUUGAUAAAAGGUUUAUAAUGCUACGCAACACUCCUGGAUUUUAUACGUAUUCGAUCGUUGAACGUUUAAAAGGAUGGCCAAUUUCGUAUAUACAAAAUCUCAGGCUUGUGUUCAAGCUUCAAGGAAACAUGUUUCAUUAUAUGGCUGUUUCUGAUGAGAGGCAACGUGUCAUGCCAACAGAAAUGGAUCGAAAGGAAGGCCAAGUGCUUGACUAUAAAGAAGCUGUUCUUCUCACUAAUUCGACUAAUUUAGAUUUAAAUGGAGAGGUGGAUGACAAGUAUUUCUAUGCAAGUGAUAAUAAAGAUGGUAAAGUUUAUGGAUGGGUUAGUUCUACUAAUCCACCAUUAGGAUUUUGGAUGAUUAAUCCAAGUAAUGAAUAUCGUACUGGAGGACCUUUUAGACAAGACCUUACUACACAUGUUGGUCCAACUGUACUUAGUAUAUUUGUGAGUACACAUUAUGCUGGAGAGGAUUUAGCAAUUAAAUUUGGACAAGGAGAACCAUGGAAAAAAGUUAUUGGUCCUGUUUUUGUGUAUCUAAAUUCAAAUGCUGCAGCUAAGGCAAAUCCUUCUAUACUUUGGAAUGAUGCAAAGAAAAGAGUAUGUAUUGAUUUCAAAGCUGCAAGUUGGCCUUAUGAAUUUGCAGUUUCAAAAGACUACAUCAAAUCUAAUCAAAGAGGAUCUGUUAGUGGCAAACUAUUUGUUAAUGACAGGUUUAUCAGUAAACAUAUUGUGGCAGCAUCCAAUGCUUAUAUAGGAUUAGCACCACUAGGAGAAGCUGGAUCUUGGCAAAGGGAAAACAAAGGUUAUCAAUUUUGGACAAAAACCCACGGUAAUGGAAACUUCAUCAUAGAAAAGGUCAUAUUUGGUACAUAUAACUUGUAUGCAACAGUCCCAGGAAUUCUCGGAGAUUACAAAUACACCUCAAUUAUAAAUGUUACUUCAGGUUCAAAUAUUAAACUAGGUGUUUUGUUGUAUAAUCCUCCAAGAAAUGGAGCUACAAUUUGGGAAAUUGGUGUACCAGAUAGAACUGCUGCUGAAUUUUUUAUUCCAAAUCCACCUCCACAAUUCAAAGUUCACAAAUACAAAAAUAAUUCUGAAUCAAGAUUUAAACAAUAUGGUUUGUGGAAACAAUAUAGUGUUUUGUAUCCUAAAAUUGAUCUUGUCUACAAUGUUGAGACUAGCAAAUAUUCGAGAGAUUGGUUUUAUGCUCAUGUUACUAGGAAAAUAGGAAACAACACAUAUAAAUCUACUUCAUGGAAAAUUAUAUUUAAUCUUGCCAAUGUUAGUAAUGCCUCAAAUUACACUCUACAAUUGGCUCUUGCUGCAGCUUCACAAGCUGAACUUCAAGUUCGUGUCAACGAUGAAAAAGCGCAAAUGCCUCAUUUUACAACAGGACAUAUAGGGGGAAGUAAUGCGAUUGCAAGACAUGGAAUUCAUGGAUUAUAUUGGAUUUAUAGCAUUGGAAUACAAGGCAAAUUGCUGAUCAAUGGAGAAAACACAAUUUUUCUUACACAAAUACUGGCUCUUAGCCCAUUUCAAGGUAUAAUGUAUGAUUAUCUUCGUUUGGAAGGACCUCAUCAGUAA